AUGGACAGCAACAUCCUCUUCCUUCCGUUCAGGAAAUCACACUCCGUCAACCUCACCGAAGCCAUCAAGCAGUACAUCUCUUCCAAGUAUGACCAACAUCCGGAUAUGUUCAAGGCCGACCUUGAGACCAUCGAGAAGCUACGAUCGACUGCCGUACAUGCGCAAGAACCACACCCAAGUAAUAUCCCCAAGCUACAACAGUACACAGCUCAGCUGGUAUGGCUGAGUGGGAAGUUCCCUGUCGACAUUGGCGUCGAGUUUCCCUGGUACCCAGCUCUAGGAUACAACACAAGUCGCCCAGUAUCGCGCAACAACCUCCGCUAUGAGCUCGCAAACAUCAUGUUCAAUCUCGCGGCCAUGUACUCGCAGCUGGCUAUGUCGUCGAAUCGAAGCACACCAGAUGGCCUGAAGGUCGCCGCCAACAACUUCUGCUUGGCUGCCGGCACGAUAUCACACCUAAGAAACACAGUCUUGCCUGAGCUUCGAACAGAACCUCCGGAGGACAUGGACCUCAUGACGCUGGAUUGUCUGGAGAAGCUCAUGCUUGCCCAAGGUCAGGAGUGCUUCUGGCAGAAGGCUGUCAAAGAUGGCUUGAAGGAUGCAACAAUCGCCAAGCUCGCCGCAAGAGUGUCGGAUCUGUACAACGAAGCAUGUGAAGCAGGCAUACAGUCUGACUCGGUCAGUAGUGAGUGGAUACAUCACAUGACAGCCAAACACCACCACUUCGCCGCUGCUGCACAAUACAGAGCAGCCUGUGAUGCUCUGGAGAAGCGCAAGUACGGCGAAGAAGUCGCAAGGCUGAAGGAUAGUCUCACGUGCGUGAACGAGGCCCUUAAAGAGCAGCGCUACAUCAAUAAGGUUGUGCUGGCUGAUCUCAAUGGGCUCAAGAGCAGGGUUACGGAAGACCUGAAGCGAGCGGAGAAGGACAACGACAUGAUAUACCUGCUGCCCGUCCCACCGAAGGCUGAGCUCAAGAUACUGGACAGAGCAAACAUGGUCGUAUCGAGGGUACCAAAGGAGAUUGCUGAGUCAAAUGCGCUAUUGGGCGACAAUGGCGAGCUGGGCCCUGCUCUGUUCUCCAAGCUCGUGCCUUACUCUGUGCAUCUGGCAGCCAGCAUAUACGUGGAUCGCCGCGACCGAUUGGUCAAUACCACUAUUGUUGAAGAGCUUGAGAACCUGACCGCUCAGAUUCACGAGAUGCUCCGCAGCCUCAACCUACCCGGCUCUCUUCAAGCUCUCGAAAAGCCACUCGGUCUACCUCCAGGUCUGAUGGCCCACGCAGAAGAGAUUAGGCAGCAAGACGGCAUUCACAGACUCGAACGCUCGAUGGAGGAUACCAAGAAGCUCAUGUACAGCGACCUAGCUGUGUACAACGAGGGCGUAGAAAUCCUCAAGUCUGAAGCGGCAGAGGAUGAGAAUGCGCGUCGAAGAUAUGGAACUGCGCUCUGGACUAGAGCGCCCGCCGAACAGGCUGCGCCGAAGCUGUACGCCCAGAUCAAAGAGAUUGAUGGCUACUUCAAGGCUGCAACAAACAGCGACAAUAUCGUCAAGACGAAGUUGAGGGAGAAUGAGCAAUUUAUCAGGCUACUCAGUGGAUCUGACCAUGACCUGGAGAAUUACGUACCCAGCGGUCGCCGACCAGCUAUAACAGGUGAUGUCGAACGGGAAGCUGGCAAGUUGCGUGGAUGCUUCAACGAAGUGAGCCGCCUCGAGAGCAGAAGGAGACGAAAGAUCGAGGCUUUGCAGACUAAGGCGAAGCAGGAUGACAUAAAUCCCGAAUUGCUGCGCGAAGCCGCUCGCUUGGAGCGGGAGUACCCUAUGCAGACCAUUGAGGCUGUACAGUUCGAAGACUUGUUCGAUCGGCGGCUGCAAAUGUACGAUGUCGAUCAGGACAUGGUACAAGAAGAGGUGCGAGAGCAAGCAGAUGCAAUCAAGCGAUUGCAAGAUGCCAACGCAUCUUUCUUGAUCGCACGACGAGGUGAUCAGUCUACGAAGCAGCGCGAGCAGGCCUUGCAGAGCCUGGAGAACGCAUACUUUAAGUACAAGGAGAUUAUCUCGAACUCUGACGUAGGUCGGAAGUUUUACAACGAUCUGGCGAAGAUUGUCAACCGUUUCCGCGACGAUGCACGCAGCUUUGCCUAUCAGCGAAAGUCCGAGGCAUCGGCGAUCGAGAGCGAUUUGGCUACUCGAAUGAGUUCCCUCAACUUGCAGCAAGCAACAUCCGAGUCGUUGCAGCAGCAAAAGAAAGCUGAUGCACAGAACCCGCAAUACGGUGCUGAUGCGCACGGGGAGACACCUCUGACCGCACCAAAGCCCACCAGAGCGAGCGUGCCGCCAGGAGGCAUGUGGACUCCAGAGGUAGGCAUCAAAUUUGGCACAGUCGGUGCUGUGCCUACAUCAUCUGGCAAUGCACGACCUACGAAUGGUCCUGCACAGGAUGGGCGGUGGGAUCCUACAAAGGGUUUGAAAUUUGCUUGA